AUGAACCCACUUUUCUUUGGACGAUCAGUCAAAUCGUCCGUGGAGCUCAUUUUCUUAGACACUGUUGGCUUCAUUUGCUCAGACAGUGUGUUUUCUGAUUGUGUUGAUCCAGGAGUCUCGACCGAGUCGUCGUCUUUGACUGGUAUCACCUCUGGUUCCUUCUUGUCCUUGACCUCUUUGAGUCGCGAUAUGUCAGAUUCCAAUGCAGUUUUCUCGCUGGUCAAAGAUUGGACGUCUCGCUGUAGAGUGGCUUUUGUGCUGGUCAGAGUGGCUAUCUCGGUUCGAAGAAGAGACGAGUACUCUGAGGGGGUAAGUUUCUGGUUCACUAUUGGAGACCCGAAAUCUGGAGUUUUCAGGAAAUCGUCCUGGUCUAGCUUCGGAGAAGCAGCGUCGCGCAAUGACUGGAUCUUAACUCUAUCUGCCCCCGUACCUGUGUUGCUAUUGCUUUUCUUGUGUCUGUUGAAAACGUUCUUGAUAGACAGAGACCGUCCAAACCCUCCAGACGACUUCCGCGAGUGUGUGCCUGUGUUUUCUUUGUCCCUUGCCAGGUCAGAGACUGGCUCCUUUGCUUCUUCCUGUUCAAUCUCCUGUGGUUCGGGCUUGGGCUCCCGUUUCUCGGCCGGCAGUCCUGUGAUGUUGAGACCCUUAGCUGGCGACUCGGCCCUUCUUUCCGGUGUGUGA